AUGGCAAGCACUUCUAUGACAAUCCCUUCAUCCCCAGGAACCACGACUCCAAGAAAUGUUUUCAAAGAACACAGUGGUCUUAGCCGUUCAAACUCUUCCAAAGAUUUAUGCAACCAAGGCAUCCUCCAAAGAUCGUUUUCAGAAAACCAUCUUUGUUGCGCUGCUAACAGCAUACGUGCCACAGGGGUGCAGCCUAAGCUAAAGAGCAGUCGUUCAUUUGGGAUUUUUCCAUUCCAGAUUUCUAGCUCCAUAAUCCCUAGCUCAUUUGAGAUAGUCCCUCACUCACUUCGAACAUUGUUUGAUCCAGAAACAAGCAAAGGCAUGGAGCUAAUGGAGAAAAAUGAUAAAGUCCCUGAAACUUCAGGGGAGGGCAAUGAAGAAAAAGAAGUGAAUAGAGCAAAUUGGAUGGAGAGACUACUGGAGAUUAGGAGUCGCUGGAAGAAUAGGCAGCAAAAAGAGGACAUAGAUGUAGAUGACCUUUGUGAUGUUGAAGAAAAUGGAGACUGCAGCUGUUAUGACGAUGUGGAUGGGUGCGUGGUGGAUUACAACUUCGAAAAGGAAGGAGAAGAAACGAAAUAUGAUCACAAAACAUUUUCAAGAUUUUUGGCUCAUGUACCAUGGUCCGAUAUCAAGCCAAUCUCUAAGUUGGCUUUCUUGUGCAACAUGGCUUAUGUUAUACCUGAGAUUAAGGCCAAAGAUUUGAGAAGAUAUUAUGGCUUACAAUUUGUAACAUCCUCACUAGAAAAGAAAGCAGAGGCAGCUGCCACUAAAGCAAAACUCAAUCAGGACUCCAUGCAUUUACCUGUUGUUUCUCUUACCAAAUCCGAUCUGGAGGAAACCAAGGACUCUGAGCAGAGGCUUGCAGUACGCUCAUCUGUCUAUGGGAUUGCUGCUUCAGCAGCAUCUUAUGUCCAAUCACGUGCAAAAGGCUAUUCAUCUUGUGGCUCUCAGGAGGAGUGUGACUGUUCAGAUUCAUAUAGAAAUGGGGUUCAACCAGAUGAGGAGGGAGAGAGCUCACCCCGAGUAUAUAAAUCAGAGGUGGCUGCAGUGGUUGCAGCAUCAACAAUGACUGCAGUGGUGGCAGCAGGGGAGAAGGAAAAACAGGAGGCAGCAACAGCCCUUCAAUCACUUCAUUCCUCACCUUGUGAAUGGUUUAUUUGUGACGAUGUUAGCACAUAUACUCGCUGCUUUGUGAUUCAGGGAUCCGACUCCCUGGCGUCCUGGCAAGCAAACCUAUUCUUUGAACCUACUAAAUUUGAGGGGACAGAUGUGCUUGUUCACAGAGGAAUUUAUGAAGCAGCAAAAGGAAUAUAUGAGCAGUUUAUGCCAGAGAUAGUAGAACACUUAAACAAACAUGGAGAACGUGCAAAGCUUCAAUUUACAGGCCAUUCCCUUGGCGGUAGUCUCUCCCUUCUGGUCAACUUGAUGCUACUGACUAGGAAGGUUGUCAAACCCUGUACUCUUCGACCAGUGGUCACUUUUGGCUCGCCAUUUGUGUUCUGUGGAGGCCAAAAGAUACUGAAGGAUUUGGGGUUGGAUGACAGUCAUGUUCACUGUGUGAUGAUGCAUAGAGAUAUUGUCCCAAGAGCUUUUUCCUGCAACUACCCCAACCAUGUUGCACAAGUCCUCAAACGUUUAAAUGGCUCCUUCAGAUCACACCCUUGUCUAAUAAAGAAUAAACUCUUGUACACUCCACUUGGUAAAAUAUUUAUCCUCCAACCUGACGAGAAAUCAUCUCCUCCACACCCUUUCCUCCCUGCUGGUGGUGCUCUCUAUGAGUUAGACAAGAAACAACACGGCUACUCUCCAAGCGUACUAAAUGCAUUCCUCAACUGUCCACACCCAUUGGAAACUCUUAGUGAUCCUUCAGCUUAUGGUUCAGAAGGUACAAUCUUAAGAGAUCAUGAUUCAAGCAACUACUUGAAGGCUGUGAAUAGUGUUCUAAGACAAAAUACAAAAGCUCUUGUUCUCAAAGCAAGAAAAGAAAGAAGUUUGAUCUGGCCUCUGCUCGCUUCACCGUCACCGCAUUCAUGGAACAACGAAAACAAUUUAGAGAGCAGUACAUUAGUGGCCAAGAAAGUAAUGACUGUGUGAAGUGAAGUCUCUAACCAAUGUAUAAAUAUGACCUAGAAUCAAGAGAGUUGAUGUACAUAAGUAAAUGUUAUAAACAAAUUUAACUCUUAAAUCUGUAUUUGUAGCUGUUAUUCAACACUACAUACACAUCAAAAUAAAGACCAAAUAUCUCUAGCUGCAAGAAAAA